AUGCUUGAAUAUGAAAAAGCAUUUGAUGUUAAUGUCAAGGUAUUGUGCCGUGGAAGAGCCCCCUGGAAACAUAUACUGACAAAGCCCAUUCAGCCUGUCUUCAUCAGUGCACAGAUUAUUGCUCCAGUCAUGCUUCAACAGGGCCAUGGCGCUUUCAUUAACAUUACAAGGUAUUGUAUUACCUAUAACAGUUGUAUCCUGAUCACUGGUUGCACACGACCUCGUCCGGGAUUCGCUAUCUACAAUGCAUCCAAAGCUGCUGUAACGGUUGCAACAAAAACAAUGGCAUUAGAAUAUGCUCCAAUCAUUAGGUUUAAUUGUAUCUCCCCAGCCGUCGGAGAUACUACCAUGCUCCAAGCCAGCAUUGGAAAUGGAAAAGAGUCACGCGAGCGCUUGCGGCAAGUAGAAGACUCUUUGCCCAUGAAACGGGUAUGUCAGCCACAGGAUAUUGCAGACGCGGCGUGGUAUCUGGGUACCGACCAAAGCAGUUUCGUGACAGGAACCACGUUGGAGGUUGAUGGAGGAAGGGGCAUUUGA